AAUUAUUUUAUCUCCUUUUUUAGUUAACUAAAAAUGAAUUUGUACUGUGACGGUAUGGAUGGCGUGGUCACACUCCAGUCCUAUUUUUCUGCUUACGAAAGUAGCAUAUUACUCUUCUCUCAUGUGGGCGACCCACGCAACACGUUUCUGGUGUUGUUUCCGCUGACAUAUUGCUUGGAUACAUGCCUUGGUCUGAAAGUUUUGUGGACAUCAGCAAUUGUGGAAUGGCUGAAUGCGUUGUUAAAAUGGCUUGUAAGAGACGAUCGACCGUACUGGUGGAGCUCUGAGUCAUGCCCUUAUCCUUAUAAACAAAUUAUAAAGCAGUUUCCUAUCACUUGUGAGUCAGGACCAGGUUUUCCAUCGGGACACGUGAUGGCGAACAGUUCUCUUGGAUUUUUGCUCAUUCUUCACAUUGCGUCGCAUAUUCGUUCUAAGAAAACAAAGGUGGCGUUUCUUAUGGUGACUGUUCCAUGUCUGGUAAGCCUUGUGACAUUGGUGUGCAUCUCAAGAGUUUAUAUAGCUACUCAUUUUCCACAUCAGGUCAUAGUUGGGGCGAUCGUUGGUUGUUGCUGUGCCUUAUUACUUAACAGCGUCCUAACAGCUCAUUCUGUAGACCUUAUGUUCAGUGUUAAAGCAGCAUUUUGUGGCUGUUCCUGUCUCUUGAUUGGCGUAAUGUUAUAUUACUUGCUGCAGUUUCUUGACUUAAAUCCGCUAGCAACUGUGAACCUUGCUUUAGAACAUUGCAAAUCACGUGACUGGGUACAUUUAGACACAACGCUGUUCUUUGCCAUUAUAAGAGAUGCUGGAUGUCUGACAGGACUCGGGCUAACUAGUUGGUUACUGAAUGUUUUGCUUGGUCCUCAGGCUAAAGAUGUAAUAUUAGAAGGAAAACUUCCGGGAUGCUUCAGUGUCGUUGGUAUGUUUGUAAUAUGCCCUUUAGUUUAUUUCAUCGAAUCUUUUGAUAUUCCUCAAAAAAGCAUUUUAACGUUCUACGUGAUAGCAUUUAUAAAGUUCUGCCUACUUCCUUGUUACGUCAUCGCAAGUAAAUGUUUAUUUGAGAUGUUGUGUGAUUAUAUUAUUCCAAAGAAAUGCAAAAAGAAGUGAA